AUGAACCCCCAGGAAAAUCUCAACAAGCUGAUGACCAAUCUGCGGAGCACUCACCCACAUUUUGUGCGCUGUAUCAUCCCCAACGAGUCUAAAACACCUGGUGCCAUGGAGCACGAGCUGGUGCUGCACCAGCUGCGCUGUAACGGCGUGCUGGAAGGGAUCAGGAUUUGCAGGAAAGGGUUCCCCAGCAGAAUCCUCUAUGCUGACUUCAAACAGAGGGCUGAGCUGGAGGCCUCGCAGAAGGAGUCGCGCUCUCUGAGCACGGAGCUGUUCAAGAUGAAGAAUGCCUAUGAGGAGUCCUUGGACCACCUGGAAACAAUGAAGCGGGAGAACAAGAACUUGCAGCAGGAGAUUUCUGACCUCACAGAGCAGAUUGCAGAGGGAGGGAAGGCAAUUCAUGAGCUGGAGAAAGUGAAGAAGCAGAUUGAGCAGGAGAAAUCUGAAAUUCAGGCUGCUCUGGAGGAAGCUGAGGCCUCCCUGGAACACGAGGAGGGGAAGAUCCUGCGCCUGCAGCUUGAGCUCAACCAAGUGAAGGCUGAGAUUGACAGGAAGAUAGCAGAGAAAGAUGAGGAGAUUGACCAGAUGAAGAGAAAUCACCUCCGAGUUGUGGACUCCAUGCAGAGCACUCUGGAUGCUGAGAUCAGGAGCAGGAAUGAAGCCCUGAGGCUGAAGAAGAAGAUGGAGGGAGACCUGAAUGAGAUGGAGAUCCAGCUGAGCCAUGCAAACCGCCAGGCUGCAGAGGCACAGAAGAACCUGAGAAACACUCAGGCAGUGCUGAAGGAUACUCAGCUGCACCUGGAUGAUGCUGUCAGAGCACAGGAUGACCUGAAGGAGCAGGUGGCCAUGGUGGAGCGCAGAGCAAACCUGCUGCAGGCUGAAGUUGAGGAGCUCCGGGCAGCCCUGGAGCAGACGGAGAGGUCGAGGAAAGUGGCUGAGCAGGAGCUUCUGGAUGCCAGUGAGAGAGUUCAGCUCCUCCAUAGCCAGAACACCAGCCUGAUCAACACCAAGAAGAAGCUGGAAACGGACAUUUCUGAGGAAGACAGGAAGAAUGUUCUGAGGCUGCAGGAUCUGGUGGACAAGCUGCAAAUGAAAGUGAAAUCCUACAAGAGACAAGCUGAGGAGGCUGAGGAGCUGUCCAAUGUGAACCUCUCCAAGUUCCGCAAGAUCCAGCACGAGCUGGAGGAAGCCGAGGAGCGGGCUGACAUUGCAGAGUCACAGGUCAACAAGCUCCGAGCCAAGAGCCGGGAGAUUCAUAAGAAGAUAGAAGAAGAAGAAUGAGGUUCCCAAGACUAAAAAGUGACCUGAGGCAUGCAUAAAAUGUAAACCUCUGUGUUACUUUCUUUAGUGAUUAUCAUUUAUGUGUAGGUAAUAAAGACAGUAGAGACCCUUGCAUAUGAA